UCUGUCUCUCUCUCUGUCUCUCUCUCUCCCCCCUCAGGUAUGUCUGUCUCCCCCCCCCUAUCUGACCUUCCUGGUCUCUAUCAGACGGAGUUUGUCCGUAGUGCCCGUGCGGUCGGUGUCCUCUGGGCCGUGUGUUCUCUCUGCUUCGCCAUCCUCCAGAUAGUGGUUCUGGUGCAGCCGUCCUGGAUCGGGACCGGAGACGCCCGUCACUUGGGAGCGGGGCCUGUCCCGGCCAGCGGCACUCUGGGAUUGUUUGAGGUGUGUGUGGAGUCCGACUGGCCGGUCCUGGACUGUCGUGGUGGUCUCUCCAGUCUGUCCCCUCUGCCGUCCUUCCAGUCUGUGGCGGUCUUAGUGGGCGUGUCUCUGUGGGCAGUGUGGACCAGCGUCCUCUGUCUCUGUCUCUUUAGGUUCUGCAGCGCCGCCACGGUCUACAAGAUCUGUGCCUGGCUGCAGCUCACUGCAGGUUAGUCACUAGUUCUACUGGUCCAAGGGGUUUUAUAGGUUCUACUGGUCCUAGUGGUUCUACAGCAGGGGUCACUAAUAGGCGGACAGUGGUCUGGAUCCAGACCCAGACAGCGUUUUUAUCCAGACCCAGGACCUAAAAGCGAUUUUAUUUUCACGGAGCACUUCUAUUUUAACCGACGCAGUUCCGGCACUUGUUCAGCGGCGCAGGAAACACGUCGACCAAUGUGUUGUGAAUCACAUCACGUGAUGCAGCUCAGCCAAUCAGAUAUGAGCAUUCUGACAAGUUUCAUGACUCGAGUGAGAUGUUCACACAGCGUGACACACGGGGGGAGACGAGGAGAGAGAAGCAAGAGCAGGAGAAUAAUACGUGAGUCAGACAAGUUAUUUCACAUGAAGCUCUCCAAAGAGAGACCACAGAGACCA